GCGAUGAUUGAGGUGCUAAAGCUUGUGUCAUCCCUCAAAGUUCCAUCGCCAAUUGCUUCUGUGUGUGCACUCAAGGACGUGCUCUUUGUGGGGUCCACGGACGGCACCUUGCUCCUCUACCAGUACAAAAAAGCAUAUGAACUCAUACACCGGUACGAUAAUAUCACCAAGGGACCCAUCACCGAUAUUAAUUACGUCCCUUCCAUUGAUCAAGUGGCGCUUACCACAGGCGGUUCUUCGGGUGGAGUAGCGCUCUUUCGCUACGAUGGCACGCUCCAACACGCGCAGGAUUUGCCUGGCGCCACCGGAAACGGCCUUGUCUCCCGAGUUUUUGAAAUCAGAAACACGACGUAUUUGAUAGUUCUGCUGCGAAAAUCCCUUUAUGUUUACAAAUGGACUGGUGCCGAAUAUGGGGGUAUGUCUCGGGUAAGUAUCGGUGACAGGGCAUUAGCCGUGGAACCACUUUUCGACGAGCAGAAGUUACUCGUGGGGACCUCUGGCGGAAUAUCAGUGGUUGACCUUGUAGACUACAAAGUUAGUACGUCUUCUUCGCUCACGGCGUCGCUUUUCCCGGUCAAACCGCACUCCUUCAGCCUUUUUGGAACUAAAGACGUAUCCCUUGUGUUUAGGAAGCUCAGCGACGAACGCAUGUUGAUUGUGAAAGAAAAUAGUUCAUUCGUAUUGCUAAAGCGGCUCGGCGAGAUGAAACUUCUCAACUCACCGAUUGAAAUCACCGAGAGCGUGGCAAUACACCUGCUUCCCCCGGUCUAUUUGAUCAACAGCACGGAAACAGGGAUUGGAGUGGUGAACCGCCAUACUGGAAAAUUAUACGGAAUGGUUGAGUCUAAGGAGAUCACUUCGACGUCGGUAGCCGAAUGGUACGUGGUGGUUGCCUCGAAAACUGAGGUUUCUCGUUACGAAUUAACGAGCUUCCAGGUCCAGUUGGACCAGUUGAGAGCCGCAGAACUUACGGACGACGCCAUUUCCGUGCUUUCCAACGUUUCGGCUACCGAGCUAGAUAAUCGGUUUGGCCAGCUUCGGACCCUCCAGAUCCAGCGGGCGGAAGGGUUGUUCCAGCAGCAAAAGUUUACCCAGGCGAUGGAUGUCUACGCCGAAUGGCUUGCGAAUCCCAGAGACGUAUUGGGAUUGGUCAAGGAAGACCCAGAAAUGAAAGACCUUAAACGCAGCUUAAUCUAUUAUCUCACCAGCAUCCGACGAACCAUGAUCAAGUUGCUUAACCACCAGGAAAUAGUGUAUGAGGAAACCAUCAUCACCAGAGAUAUCUUUGGUACAGAAGACCUCGGUGCGACCACAAAUCUCGUGGACGAUGCCUUGCUCCGCAGUUAUCUCCUGACAUCCUCUAACUUGGUGGGCUCGUUGCUUCGUGUCCAGAACUACUGCUCGGAAGCCUUGGUAGAAGAGCGGUUGACGGAACGAAAACUCUAUAGGGAAUUGCUUGACUUUUACUUUUGCCGUGAGUUGCACGAUAAGGCGUUGACGUUGUUGGUACUGUUAACCGAAACAGAAGAAGCAUAUGGUCCAGAAGCGGUUCAAGAGUAUCUCGUUAAAUUGGCAACCAACCCUCUCUAUAAGGAUUCAGCGACGCGGGAUUUGGUGUUCAAGUACACGAAAUGGCUUCUUGAAAAAGAUGGGCCGCUUGGCAUGGCAAUUAUCACCCACGAGGAGCUCAAUAGAGACCUUAUUAGCUCUGAAAGUGUUAUCGCCUUCCUUGACACCGGAAUUUCUCUCCAUUUCGAGGUGGAGUACCUAGAAUACUUGAUCCGCAGUUCUGCAGACAAUUCUGCGUACAACACCGAGCUCUGUGGUCUUUACAUUCGGCAAUUACAGAACUUUGGUGGUGACGUUAUUGAAGCGGAGGCGUUCCAGAAGUUACUCCGCUUCCUCAACAGCACCAAGGCCUACGAACCACGAACGGUGCUAAAGCAGCUCAAGCCGUUACUCACCGCUAACAAGGCAUACUUUUACUUGAAAAUAGGCAUCAUGAGACGACUCAACGCCCACGCUGAGAACUUGAACAUAUAUAUUAACGAACUUGAGCAGCCAGAACUCGCGGUUGACUACUGUUUGAGCUUCUUUGAAGAGGGCAACGACAAUCUCGGCCGCGAUUUGCUCUACCUCCUUCUCGACAACUACGUUCAGAGCCCUGUGCGGUUCAGGGAGGAUAUUGUGGUUUUUUUGAGCAACCCCAAGAUCACCCCGUACCUCUCCAUGCUUGAGAUCUUGCCCCGACUCCCGGCCGAGAUGUUUCAGGUGGUGGAGUUGCUGUCCUUCUUAAGCUCGCAGAUCAAAAAGAUGCGAAGCGUACUCAAUUCUCAGCGCAUGACGAUGAACUUGAGCCAGGUGCAAUUAGUCAAGCUCGAGGAGGAGCUCUUGGUAAACCAGAAAGUGGGGAAAAAGGUGGUGGUGGACGACUCUACGUUGUGUGAGCACUGUGGGAGGAAGUUGGGGCACUCGGUCUUGGCCUGGUUUCCGGAUGAUGCAGUUGUUCACUAUGGGUGUUCCAGUGCCUAUAAACUGUCAUAAAAGGCUUUCGAAAAGAUGGUGAUAUACAAUUGUUUAGACUAAUGCGAAAGAUACAGUCGUUGGUAUUAUGGCAUGUGAUUAAGUGUAUAUCUAAUUGAACCUGGGCUAGAGCCACGGCCUGGACAAGAUUAUUCCGAAGGCUGACAAGCUCCGCAUUUACUUCCUCGUCAACAUCUACACCCAACAUAUUUGAUUUGAAUUUCGUCCCUCUAACCCAUAGCUCUGCCUUUAAUAUCAUUGGCUAUUCUAUGGAUAAUGGAGUUAUAGCGGAUUUGUGCGAAGUGUGCUCCAUGCGCGCAUUUAUCCUUUAACCAUGAGUAACCCAGGAGAGAAAUAAUAUAAUAGUUAAAGCUUACUUAAUCCAGAGUUUA